AUGCCUCACGCCGAUUCCUCCUAUUUCUGGGGCAAGACCAAAGCCGAGGUCUAUUCACAACUCCUGGACCAAGCUAAAGGUCUUCUCGACGGCCAACGCAAUUGGGUAAGUGUCAACCUGUCCAACAUCUCUUCCCUUCUCUGGCACGCCUACGCCGCUCUUCCGUCCCCAUCUUCGGCCGUCAACUGGACCGGUUUCUACAUUCGUGAUGACAAGUUCCCCGCCCUCGCCUCGCCCGUCUCCUCGCCUCCGCUGCCCGGCGCACCAGGAUUCGGUGGUGUAACCAUCUCAACGACUUACGCCCACCCCGAAGAUCAAAUCUUGUUGCUGGGUCCCUUCCACGGCAAGCCCGCCUGCCAGCAGAUUCGCUUCGGAAAGGGGGUCUGUGGUACCGCUGCGGCCAACCAGAAGACGGUCAUUGUCCCUGAUGUGAUGAAAUUCCCGGGUCAUAUUGCCUGUGAUGCCGAUAGUCGGAGUGAAAUUGUGGUCCCCAUCAUCAUCCGUGGAGAGACCGUUGCCAUCAUCGAUAUCGAUUGCACACUCCCAUCAGGCUUUGAUGAGGAAGACCAGCAAUAUCUGGAGCAACUCGCCGAGCUCCUUGCCGAGAGCUGUGACUGGUGA